UCCUCGAUCUCUCUAAAUUAACUCUUUCCCGACACUACUCUUUUUCAUUUAUUUUAGUUUGUGUCGUAGCGCAGGUGCGCCUCAUUUUUCACCAUGGACGAGGACUACUCUUCUGGCUCCGUCGAUGCCGACCGCGAGAUGACCAGACUGUGGCGCACAUGGAGGACGGUAUUCGAAAUGCUUCAGGAUCGGGGCUACGAAGUCACCGAAGAAGAAGUGCAAAUAUCGCUCGAAGAAUUCAAACAGAAAUACUCCGAUCCCCUCGGAUACCCAGACCGCAACAAGAUGAAAAUCCAAGCUCGCCCCACGGAGGCCAUGCAACUCAAAUACACGGCCCUCAAGACCAACUCCAACCCGGACCCCCAGCCCGACUGCGGUACCAUCUACGUUGAAUUCUGCCCCGACUCGACUGGCGUCGGUACCAAGCAAGUGCGCACCUUCAACCACUUCGUCGACGAGAACAACUUCCACACCGGCGUGUUCAUCACCCAGACCCCGAUCUCUCCGUCCGCCGUGCGUCUGCUGAGCGGUGUCCCCGGUCGUAUCUGCGAGCAUUUCCAGGAGCAGGAUCUGCUGGUCAACAUCACCCGGCACGAACUGGUCCCGAAGCACGUCCUGCUGAGCCCCGAGGAGAAGUCCCGGUUGCUGCAGCGCUAUCGUCUGAAGGAAUCUCAGUUGCCCCGUAUCCAGGUGUCGGAUCCCGUGGCGAGAUACCUGGGUCUGCGCAGAGGGCAGGUCGUCAAGAUUAUUCGCAAGAGUGAAACGGCCGGUCGUUAUGCUAGUUACCGCUGGGUUAUUUAA